AUGAGCCAAUGGGUUCAAAACCAGGAAGCAUGUACAUCAAGUGAUAUUUGUUCGGGAGCAUUGGUUCCAGAAAAUACAACGUAAGGCGAAUAAUUUUCUUUUGUUUUUAAAAGUACAUUUCCAAAGUUUUUAGACAAAAAGUCAGUGAAGAUUUGAAUGAACCAAUAUUUUCAAAUGGUCGUGAAACGAUACAAAUGUCUAAUUCGUUUGCAAAAGCUCACCCACAACAUCAACCCACUGGCUCAACAGAAGUUCUAACUUUUUAUCCGUCAAUGGAAGAGUUUCGCGAUUUUCGAGGUUAUAUCAAUAAAAUUGAGAAAGUUGGUGCACAUUUAAAAUGCGGAAUUGCAAAAAUCGUUCCGCCUGAAGGAUGGCAUCCAAGACCUACGAGAAAAAAUAAUUAUUGUGAUAUUGAUGAGUUUGAAAUUAAUAAGUAAGUUAAAUACUUUAUUGGUUGAAAAGUAUUGAGACUUUAUUCAUUUUAGUCCGGUCAAAGAAACUAUUGAAGGACGUUCUGGUGUUUUUCACAAAACCAAUCGUGUUUAUCGGAAGAAAAUGACAGUCAAAGAGUUUAGAAAAAUAGCAAAUUCAGCAAGUUAUAAAAAUCCGAAACCAGAAUUAUCAGGAGUAGAACUAGAAAAGUGAGUUUUAUAUAUUAUCAUAUUUUGCUGAAAAUGAUAAAUAUUUUUCUAGUGAGUAUUUCAAAAAUAUACUAUUACGAGAACCGAUCUACGGUGCAGACACAGAAGGUUCAAUUUAUGAUCCGAAUGUUAAAGAAUUUAAUAUGAAUAUGUUAAAUACAAUUCUUGAUGAAACAAAAGGAACAACAAGAAUAAGUGGAGUUAAUACUGUUUAUUUAUAUUUUGGAAUGUAUAAAACAACAUUUCCAUGGCAUUCAGAAGAUAUGGAUUUAUAUUCGAUUAAUUAUUUGCACUUCGGUGCACCUAAAUAUUGGUUUGCAAUAUCAUCUGAUUCUGCAGAACGUUUUGAAAGAUUAAUGCAUCAACAAUUUGCUGGACACGAUUCAUUAUGUAAAGCAUUUCUUCGUCAUAAAUCAUAUAUUGUUUCACCAUCUCUUCUUCGCGCCCACAAUAUUCCAUAUGGAACUAUGAUUCAAAGACCAAAUGAAUUUAUUAUUACAUUUCCAAAAGGUUAUCAUAUGGGAUUUAAUACUGGAUAUAAUUUAGCUGAAUCCACUAAUUUUGCAACUGAUCGCUGGAUCGAUUAUGGAAAAAAUGCAAUAUUAUGUAAAUGUGUCAAAGAUACUGUUGAAAUUGAUAUGAGACCAUUUAUGCUCAAAUAUCGACCAUUAGAAUAUGAAGCAUGGUUUAAUUAUUGGUAUGGUGAUCGAUUGAAACUUGAUAUUUCAAAGAAAAAACCGAAAAAAGGUAUAGUUUUUUAUUUGAAGUCAUUUUAUGCUUACUUAAUUCAGGCGUUGCUGCAAAACGAAAAUCGGAUGGAAAUAUCGCUGUAAUAACAAAACGUGCUCGACUGGGCGCCGAUGGAACAAAUAGUGGUGGAUCGAUAUCCGGUGAGAUACGUGAUGUUGUGAAUUUGAACUCGGAAAACGUUCAAAAGCUGGUCAGGGUUUUGUUUUGUUGUAUUAAAAGUUACUCUCGAUUCAGUAUCCUGACAGUUCCAUUUUUCAAGAUUUCUGAUUUUCAAAUCUGUUUAAAAAAAACACGAUUGCCUGUGCUGGAAAGAAAAAUUGGGAAAUGUAAAUCUGGAAAAUCAAGAAUUUUGCGAAUUUCUAAUUUUCAGCACAAAAUUUGUCAAAAAACUUUCCAAUCCGAAAAAAAUACAUUUAUGUUAGUGCUGGUUCAGUAAUUAUUUCAAAAAAUUUCACAUUCACAAUAAAAAAUAUAUUUUCGGGCCCAAGUUUGCAUGCAAUUUUUGUGAUCACCUCUGUUUACAUCGUAUUUUUUCUCUUAUUCAUUAUAUAUAUUUUCAGAUGGAAGUCCAAAUGAGUGGUCGUCAAAUUCGAGUCCGAACAAUUCCGAGUCGUUAUUCACCGCCUAUUUGAAUUCCAAAACUAAUGUAAAUUAUGAUUGUAGUGGAGCUCAAGAAUUGAGCACAGAUUCAGAAGAUCUCACAAAGAAGUUCAAAAAAAUAACAAGUUAGUUUUUAUUCAACAGCGAAAAAGAAAAUAAUAAAAUUGUGUCAAUAUUUUUCAGAAGAUCUCUUGUCAUUUAAUACAAAUUUAUUUGCUGAGCGACAAAAUAAUGAAAUAAAUGCAAAAUAUUGGCCACAUUGUGAUGUUUGUUCAUAUUUUCAACCACUUCAUGCUCGCCCUCGAUGUUCAGAAGUUCCAAAAACAUCAAAAAGACUUUUGAAUAUUGAACAUUUUGCGAAAACUCAAGUUGAUAUUAAGGAUAUAAAAGUGUCAGAUUCGGAAGAUAUUUUACUAACUUGUAAUAAUUGUCAUGUUUCAAUUCAUUCAUGUUGUUACACUGCUGAAAAUCCAGGAGGUUGGGAAUUUUUCGAAUUAAUUUCAUUCUUCUAAUUUUCCCUUAUUUUCAGAAAAUUCUUCAUGGUUAUGUUUACGUUGCCGUGAUCACACAGAUAUUGAAAUUCGGAGUGCAUCAUGUUCUCUUUGUGAAUUGAGAGGUGGUGCUUUAAUUCCUUGUCAAAUUGGAACUGAUCAAACAUAUGUUCAUGUUAUAUGUGCUCUUAUGAAUCGAAGAACUACAUUCAAUAAACCAAUUGGACCAACAAUCGCCUUUGUUGUUCCUCCACCGAAACAAAAUGUUUUCAAAACAUUAUGGUUGGUAUUUAUUUUGAAAUCUAACAUAAGUUCAAUUUUAAAACCUUACCAAUUUGUAGCCCGGUUUUGAAACUCGCGUAUCUGUCUGAAUUUGGCAACAAAUAUGAGCAUUCUCGAUGGGAAUGUUUUGUUUGUAAAAAAUCGCGUGAAGGAUUAAUUGUAUGCACAUUAUGCAUUGAGGAUAGUACUUGUCACUUACCAACAACAGCACAUACAACGUGUGCAAGAAUUGCUGGAUAUUGUUUUGAGCUUCGACAAUUUCCAAAAGGUUUAGCUAUGAUUUGUGACAAACAUGAGACUGAUCAUUUGUUUGACAAAGGUAAGAUAAUUAAAAUCUCGAUUCCUAAUUUUAAGUCAAGUUUUAUUUCCAGCUCCCUCAACAUUUAUCAAUUUAAAAUGUUUCGAUGAAGUUUUUGCACCAAUUGAUGGAGAACAAGAAUAUAAAAAAGCGAUUAUCGAAGAAAUUAUUCGAAAGCCAACAUCUGUUGUUGAUUUUUAUGAUGGAAGUGUUAGUCGCGAUUUGACAUUUGAGGAUAUUGUAUCAUGUGAAUGUGUUAGAUGUGAUGGAAUUAAUCAUCAAUAUGGAAUUAGAGUAAGUUAUAUGAACUGGAACACAGAAUUGAGUUCUAUCAGAGCAUUUUUCGAAUUUUUCAAAAAAUCAGUUCAAUUUUGAUAAAAAUUCUUUACUCUGAAGUUAUAAAUUUUUUCUAGAUGAGGUGUUUUUAUACAAGGUAAUUUUUGUUUUCAAUUUUUAUAGGUUCGUGUCAAAUGGGACGAUGAUGUUGUUUAUGAUGGUUAUUUUAGAGGUUUCAGUCAUAUUUUGGAAUAUGUUGUAAGUUGUUUCUUUAUCUCUUCAAUUAUUUAUCAUCCAAAUCCAAAAUGACGAAAACUAUCGAUUUGAUUGAACUUCUAUUUUUCAAUUGCUAACUACACAAUUGAUUAGGAAAUUCAACUAGUGAUUUUCAACGAUAAGAUCUGAUUGGGCUUUCGUUUAAGAAAUUUUAAUGAUAUAAUCAAAUUAAUAAUUUCAGAUUAUGUUUUCUCCUGAUCAAAAACUCCGAUUCCCACGGUCGAAAAUCAUGUCAAAACGAGAAAUGCAAAAUGCCAGCAAAAAAUUGGCAUAA